AUGAUGACGCGAUACAUCACAUCGGCCGAUGCGUUCAUGGUCGUCUAUUCAGUUGGCAGCAGAAAAUCCUACGAACAUGCGCUUUACCUCUUCUCUCAAAUAGCCAAACUGCGAGGAGUUAACUCGAUCGCCCGAUUAUUGGUGGCUGCUAAAUGUGACUCGGACUACAGAGAAGUGUCCCCUGAGGAAGGUAACAAUUGUCAGCGUCAGCUCAGCUGCUCAUUUGCCGAGGUCAGCGCCAGGAUGAACAUCAACAUACUCGAGGUCUUCGAAGAGAUGGUAUCACAACUCAAUUACAUCGAAACGAUGGAAUACGGUAGACGAGCAGAUCAACAACUUUACCGCAACUCCAGCAACUCCCUUGUGCUGCUUCUUAUGAACCAAAACAGCCGAGCAGCUGCUUCGGGAAACAAAAAUCUAAUUAUUGCUGAAAUGAUCACGAUUACAGGUCUCUAA